AUGGCUUUCAGCAGCUCUGCUGGGUUCAGAUCACUGGUUUUGGUGCUGGUUUUAGCCCUGACUGUGAGGAGCUCCCCACACAGAAAGGCUGCUGCCUCUGCCAGGCUGGGGGAAGGUUGCCCGAACCAAAAGGAUCUCAAAUUCCCCACAACAGUGAAUGUUGACAUCCGGAUCAGCAACUCAGAUCAUGCCUUUGGGAUGGUCCAUGAUGUCAGGAACCGGUCUCUCGCUCCUUGGGAUUACAGGCUGGACGAGGAUCCCAACCGCUUCCCGCGGGUGAUUGCUGACGCCCGGUGCCGCCUGUCGGGCUGUGUGACCCCCCUGGGGCAGGAGGACCACGGCCUCAACUCGGUGCCCAUCCAGCAGCAGAUCCUGGUGCUGCGGCGGGAGCAGAGGGGCUGCGUGCCCUCCUACCGUCUGGAGAAGAGAAUCAUCACCGUGGGCUGCACCUGUGUCACCCCCGUCAUCCAGCACCAGUCCUAGCAGCAGCCAUCAGGCCAGGCGGCGUUGGGAAGAGGGAGUAAAUCCCAUAAAAAUCUCACAGCUGCCAGCCUUGCACUCCAGGAAUUCAACUCAUCAUUCCUCUUCCAAAUCUGAGCAAAUUGUCUCCUGAAAGUCAUGAUUCUUGCUGUUGUUUGUUUAUGGGUUUCAGCACUGGUAGCUGGUGGUGGAGGGGAGGAAGAGUUUUGUUUGUGGCCCCAAGCAGUGAGAGGGGAAAGCAGUGCUUUUUAAAAAUUUAUUUUUCAUUCAUUGUGGUUUAUAUCAGUUUGGUGAACCAAAUUAAUUAUCUUUUCUGAAGUUGUCCUUGGCAGUAAAUUGCCCUAAUUGAACACCUGUCCACCAGCACUGCCACAAAAAAUUCCCCAUCCUGCACCUUCUCCCUCCCUUCUUCAUCCCUAUCCCAUUGUCCUUCUCUGGCCAUCUCUGCUCACUGAGAUGUUACUGGUGUCAGUCAGAUAUUGGUGCCACCAGGCCUGGUUGUCACCACAGUUUGGGUUUAUGUCACUGCUGCAGUUGAUUUAUUGCAAAACGUUUGGGGAGGUAAUUGAUUCCACUUUUUGAGUGCUAAAAUGGUGAAGAACAAACAGAUAUCUGUAUUUC